AGGAAUGACAAGGAAGAGAGGCGUGGGAAACAGAGGAAAGAGUGUGGAGCAAAAGUAUCACAGCAACUCCGAAAAUUUUCUUGAAGAUCGAUUCGCUGUGGAAUUUCCCUUCCCGUCGCACCACGCAUUCCCUUUUCGCCCUCGUGUUUUAUUUAUUAUUCCCUCUUCUCCUUACGCUGAGAUGGGCGAGGACUCUCGAGAUGCGGGAAAGGGCCAGGCAUUGUGUCCCUGGACCUUGUGUUUUGGACAGAAAGGAAAACUGAAGUGACUAUCCCAUGCAUGUCGGCAGAUGCUCGUCUCGUCAUGGCGAUGCGGUUAUGGAUCUUAAAGGAUUUACAACAGUUGAUGAAGUUGGAGGGGAAGAUUCACAAGUAAGGGAAAAGAGUAUAUCGUCAGAAUCAUUCAAGCCAGCUACAGCAGCAGAGGAAAUUGAUUAUAUAAAUAAAAUUUUGGCAGACAUUGAAGGAAAGACUGGGGAUAGUGAUGUUAAUGUUGUACAAGAGGAUAUUUUAUGUAGUGUGUCAGAAUUGGACUCGGAAUCAGCAGAGCAACAGCCCACAGAUGAUGUUUUGACUCAAGCUAGGGAAUUGAACGAGGUCACCAAAGGCAAAGAGAUUGAGUCUGUAGAUGGACUUAGCGCUGAACCUAUUGUAUCGUCACCUGAGCUUUGCAAAGGAGAGCUCAAUGCUUCUCCGAAUCAAACUUUUGAGGGGACUGAUCAUGAUGAGGGCACAUGUCAGACACAGACACAUGGGACCUCAGAGCUAAGCCCGGUCAUAGAAGACACUUCCUCACUUGCCAUAAGUACUGAUAAUGGGAAUAAGAACAAGCUUGAGUCAAGACAUCAAUUGGUGGAAGACCUUUCAAAUAAUUGUGUUUCAGGUGAGAAAGAACUAAAGGAGAAUGAUGAACAAGAAGCUCAUAGCAGCAUUGUUCUAGGGAACAUUAGUGAUCUUUUGGCAGAUUCCAAAGAAUCUGCAGUAGAUCCCAGCUUAUUAGAACCAGACAAAGAAGGGAGAGAGAGACAGCAGUUGAAUGAGGAGCAGAUAGGUGUCUUGAUUAAAAAGGAACCAGUGGAUGCACCUGAAGAAGAAUUUGACUUUGGGAAUGCACUUUUUGAUCCUGCAGAGGAAUUCAAUGUCAAGAGAGAGGUGAAAGAGGAACCUUGUGACUCCCUUCUUGAGGAGGUACCUCUGGAUGUGCCAUGUCAAGAAAACCAAGACGAUCAAGAAAACCCUUUUGAUGGCUUAGAUUCUGUCAAACUUGAGCCUGACUCUGAAGACCCUUGUUUAGUCAUCCCAAGCGUACAUUUUCUUGUUGAGGACAAAGUUUACAACCGCGAGCAAGUUACAGCAGCCUUUCUAAUGUCUCAGUCAUCCCUAGCAUCGGUGGUAGACAUGAACAUGUUCACAGAUGUCGGUAGAAGUGUGCUAAUUGUAAGAACAAGACAGUUAGAAGAGCUGAUUAAGAAUCCAUCUCUGAUACCUCUUGAUGAUGCAGAAAUUCUGAAAAAAUUUAUUUCAGAUAAUGAUGAGAAUAUAUGUUAUGGUAAAAACACAGUAUGUCUGAAGUUGCCAAAGGCUGGGCCAGCUGUAUCAAAGAAAAGGGUAAGGAAAGAGCCUAAGAAGCGACAAAGGAAGAAGACAGCUAAAAGUGGUGCGAGAAGUAAUGUCUCUCAAAAAAAGAAGCCAUCACUUGGGAGUGAGGAGGAAGAGAAUCCAGUUCAUUUUAUUGGAUUUGAGCCUAGUAGUCCUUGCAAAUUGGAACAAAGUGACGAUUCUUCUGAGCAAUUUAACACAUCUGUGAAGAGUGAGUCAUUGUUAAUUCCAAAACAUGAAUCAGAUGGCCAUGAUUCUGAGAGUGAAUACAUCCAUUUAGGCAGCAUUACACCAAAGAAAAACAAAGAUAAAAGGAAACAGAAAUCACCAUCCAAGCUGGGUGUAAAUAAAGACGUUUUUACAUUUAGGAAAAAGGAAAAUGUUCUUAGAUCUGAUAAAGUUGUGUCUAGCUCUAUUCAAUGUAAGCCUUGUUAUGUAGCAUUAGUAGAUAUAAGCAAAAAUAAAGAAUACCAGACAAUUGUAAGCAAAUUCUUGCAUACAAUAAAAACUGAGCAAGCAGCUGUUGAAUUACCUGUAAAUGAUAAAACUCCAAUGGUAGAAUUGGAAGGAUUUAAAAAGAUAGAUGUUCAAAUUAAAAAAGGAAUUAAUCAGGAGGAGGAAUUUGAAACUCAAUGUAUGAAGUACCAAAAUGACACUAAUAAGGAAGAAGAUACCACAAGUUGUGAUUCUAGAAUUGAUAGGAGUGACAGUGGGGAUGGUGCUGAGAGCUUGUCUUGUUUGGGUGAUGAGAGUAUAGUCCUGCAGCUAAGUGAAAGUGAAAUAGAUAGGGCUAAAGGGGAGGCACAGGAUAGAACUAAUAGUGAGAAAGAAGCACCAAUUUUAGAAGAGGAACCAUUAAGGAAUGAGAGUGCUGAUGAAGAGUGUAAGGAAGAGGAAGGGAAAGGUACAGAUAAUAGUGAAAGAACACAGGUUUAUGUUACUGAAAAUGGUUUAGGAAAGGAGGAAGGGAACAAACAUUGUAAACACAGGCCGGAAUCUAGAAGUGAGACUGAAAAUGUACAAAGAGGCAGGGACGCAGAAACACCAAGUCGUUCCAAAGAAAAGCAACUAUUAGGAGAUAGCGAAGUAAGUAAUAAGAGGAGAAGCAAAAGCAGUCCAGGAUCAGACCUAGAAGAUGAAAAAUCAAAGAAAAAGAAGAAGAAAUCAAGAAAGGAACAAAAGUCGGAAUCCACCGAAGAAAAAGCGAAAAGGUUAAGCUUGAAGUUGAACAAGAUUUUUAAGAGAGAAAAAGAGAAACAGAAGAGAGAAGUUUUAUCACCUGACCAUCAAGUGCCACAGGGAAAAAGGCAUGGCUCAGCAGAAUCAAGAGGGAAGAAUUACACUUCAAGAUCUGCAAUAGAUGACCAAGGAAAAGCACCAACAGAAGAUAAUGAAGUGUUGAAGAAUGUGUUUUCAAGGCCAGUUUUGAAUACUUUUAGAAUUCCAAAAAAGAAGAAAGUAAGUGAUGACAGUGUGGUUGAACAGAAAUCAGUUCUAGCAUCAAGAGAACACCAAAUUGCAUCAAAAAAGCCAUCCGGGUAUGCUCCUAGGACACUUGAUCAAAAAAGAGAGACAAACAGACAUAGGAAAGAGAGAGACCUUAAAGUGGGCAAUCGAAGUAGAAGUCAGAGGGGGAAUGAUGGAAGAAGAAAUAGUGAAUAUUCUCAAAAUGAUUGGGGAGGAGGAAGUUGCAGUCCUCCAGAUCAGGGUCAUGAUGUGGAUAGUGCUUACGAACAUAGCCCAGCGCCCUAUUCACCGGGAGAGGGACAGAUCAGUGGUAAUCAGGUUGGGGAAUCUGAGAAAGAUGCUCAUGGUUUCACCCUCCAACAAAUGGCUAUACCUAACAACUCUGAUGUUCAAGCACCACCACCACCACCUGUGAUUGAGUGUUGGGAAAAGCUUACAGAAAUCAUUAGGACUAUUGAGAAUUGCAAAAAAGGAAGUACUAAUAGUCCAGCAAACUUACAGUUGGGGAUUAAUGUCGCUGACCUUGUAAAUGAUAAUGAUGUAGUCUCUAGUAACUUGGGCAGCACAACAGAUAAAUUAGCUCCAAAAGAAGGUACAUUGACAACUGAGGAAAGUAGUACAGAUAGAAUACAAAUUGCUAGUCACAAGGGGGAAAUUGAACUUGUUAGCAGCAGACCACAGCCUGAGACACGCGUUACUGGUGAAUAUACGGCUGAAGGUAAAGGGGUGGAAAAUCAAUAUUCACACCUUGAUAAGAGGCAGAAAACAAAAUUGUAUGAGAAGAAGAAAAAGUUGUAUUAUGAAGCCAAAAAGAAGUACUAUAAUGUAAAAGGAGAUACUGAAAAUGAUGAGAAGAAGCAGAUGAGAUUCAAAGAAUAUGAGAAAAGAAGGGAGGAUUAUUAUAAUAUGAAAUGGUAUUUAUAUGAAGAAAAGAGGAAGGAACAUUUGGAAAGGAAGAAAGCCAGCAAAGAAAGAGAAGAAAUUAAGAUUGCAAAGGAACAGUCUGAAAUUGUAUUGGGUGAGACAGACAGUGUUGUGGAAGAGGUAGAGAAUGUUAUGGACAAGACUGAGAAUAAUUUGGAUGUGGCAGAAAAUGUCAGGGAAGAGAAAGAUAUUAGGACUGAAGCAGAGAAAGGGGAAACACAUGUGAACAAGGUAUAUGAAGUACAAUCUCUUGACAGUUCUGAUGGUAGGGUAGACAAGAGUGCCACCAAUGAAACAGCAAAAGAUGGUGACUCAGAGAUGCCCCCACUUUUACCACCUCCAUUACCACCCACAAACUUAAUAUCUUUAGGUCCCGAAAAUAUGCAGCAGGGGCAUGAAUCCUCAGAUAGUAGGCUAGAGAACUUGCCUAAUAUUGGGUCAAAUAAUGAUAUGGCCAUGGAGAAAGAAGAAAAUUCAGACAUGGACUUAGACUCAGAUAUGGAUCUUGCCACAUCAGAAUCAUCUGAUGAAGAUAAUGAUGAGUUGAAUUUGCUUGCAAGAUUUGGAGUUGAUGUAAGUAAUUUGCAUGAACAUGAAGCUAGCAUACCACACAACCAAGAAGUAAGAGUUUGUGAUAGUACCUCUAGUCUAAGAAAUAUUGUUCAUAAGUUAAUGGGUUGUGUCAGUAGUGAUGCUGGAAAUUCAAACCCCAAAAAUGUUAGUGAGAAUUCCAACAGCAUAAUUGAUUUGGCAAGCAGUCCAGAAGUGUCAAAAACAGAUAGCAGUGUAGGCAUUGGAGAGAAGACUAGCCACAAAGGAUCAGAAGAUAGUGAAUUACUGGGUCUAUCAUCUCUGUUGAAAAAGGUAGCUGAAAGAAUCCAUCCCACUCCACCGCCACAAAAUACUUCUGAGAAACGUGUUGAGGGAACUUUGCCUUCUGUUCCUAACAAACCAAAAGAUGGUGCUUCUGAUCAGUAUGUAGAGGAAAUAUUCUCUGCUGGUCCUGAAAAAACAAAAGAUUGUACUUCUGAUCAAUAUAUAAAGGACAUUAUUUCUGCUGUUCCUGAAAAGACAAAGGAAAAGGUUUCAAAAUGGACUGCAAGACAAUUCCUUCCCCUAGAAGAGCUGACACACCCUAAAGAAAGUUUGGACGAGUCAAAUGACUUAGAAGUGGUGUACUCGAGUAUCUCAUUGCCCAACCUGAGGAGAGGCUCGCAAGGGGAUGCCUUGCCAAGCUACUACCAACAGAUUCCUUUGGGUCAAGUUGUGGUGGACAAAUAUAAAGAUAUGCCUCUCUUGGGCCUGCAAUACGUUUUGGAAGUGAGAAAGGCUGUGGAUACAACUUUGGACAAGUGUUUUUUCAUCUGUGCACUAUGCAGCAAGAAGAUGUCUUCUGAGACCCUUGUGGCUCAUAUAAACAGCGUCCCACACAAGCUCAAGUUUUCUGAAUCUCAUUGUAAGGAUGUGUUUGACAUAUAUGGCAAGGUACAAUUGAAGGAAUGGACAGCAGCCUCUGUGAAGGAAUUUUCAUUGGCUCUGAAGAAGGUGGAGGAGAAACAUGGACGCAAAAAGAUGGCUGUCACCACUGAGAGAGAGAUGUCCUCGGUUCUCAUGGCACUGAAGAAGAAGAUUGCUGAAGAAGCUUCUUCAAGCCAAGUGAACCAAGAAAAGCCUGUCGAGACGGUGGAGAAAGCACCCAAGACUCAGAGUCUGUCUUCAGUGCCCCAGGAAAUUCCCCUUCCCCCAGCAGGUGUAAAUCUGUCAAGCAUUCCUGUUCCAACAAAACCAGAUCAGAACAAAAGUAGUGGUGGCAACAGUGGGGGAGCAAAGGGAAUUGGACCCAAGAAGAUUGAAAUUAACCUUUCAAAAGUAAAGCUUGCUGCAAGUACAACAGCAGACAACACCACCAACAAGAGUGAAUCAGUUACCUCAAAAGCAGAUCAGCCAGAAAACCAGAAAGAGGAAGAGGAUGUCAUUGUUUUGGCAGAUGAAGUGUCCAAUGAGGGCAAGCCAGAUAAUGAUAUAUCUAAUGGAAGAAAGUUUGCCAAGCGGCACUACAACCCUGGCCUGAAUAUCCGCAGCCGAAGUCCACCAAGACCUGCCUCGCCCAAGCGAAAGAGGUCCCGUUCGCCAGUCCAAAGACGGAUUCAGGGGGGAAGAUACUCUCCAAGGAGAUCUCAUAGUCCCAAGUAUAGAUAUUCUCCGGGGCUCAGAAAUCCUCCUAGGCUUUCUCCAAGGCGGUCACCAAGGAGGUCACCUAGGCGUUCACCGAGGCGAACCCCAAGACGAUCCCCAAGGCGGUCCAGGACUCGGUCUCGUAGUCCAAGCUUUAGGCACAGAUCAGGAUCUCAAGAUAGGAGCAGAAGAAGUCGUGAGGAUAAUCGUAGAGCUCGAUCUUGGUCUUCAAAUUCUUCUUCUAGUGGUAGUUCUGUAUCCCGCUUAAGGGGGCCUAACAGUCAUCGUAGGCUAGACAGUCGCCCAGAUUCACGCCAUUGGCACCAUGGGCGUAAAAGAUCAAGAUCUCAAGAUAGAAACAGAAGAAGUCGUGAGGAUAAUGGUAGAGCUCGUUCGUGGUCUUCAAAUUCUUCAUCAAGUGGUAGUUCAAGAUCUCGCUCAAGAGGGCUUAAUAGUCGUCGUAGGCUCGACAGUCGCUCAGAUUCACGCCAUUGGCAUCACGAGCACAAAAGAAAAGACAGACGAUCACCAUCUCCUACGAGAUCAAGGAAUGUGUCAGAUGAGCGAAGUACCCAGGCAAGGAAACUAGGAGAUUUUAGAGAAGCUGAAGCAAAAUUGAUUGCUAUGCAUAAAGAAUAUCAGAGAAUAUAUGACUUACGGCCUGAGACACAUCCAUACUACAAUCGUGAAUGGCAGAGGUUUUGGGACAAGAGGUCUUUGGAAUUACGAGCCUCGGGUGUAGACCCCAAAACUUACAACUUCAAAGAAGAAUGGGUGGCCUUUUGGUUGAAAAGGAUGAAGGAGUUGGAUACAAUAAACUUCAAAACAAACAGAGAAGCUCUUCUGUGGAAGUUUAAGAUAAAAGACCCAGGCCCAAUCGAAGCAGGUGUCACUGAAGGGUGGGAAGUGCCAAAGGUUCCUAUUGAAAGGUCCACAGAGAGGUCUCCUAGUCCGUGGGAGGAUGAGAGACUUGUAAAAAAUCCCUCUCCUACACCACAAGGUAGUAACCCCAGCAACCCCAACCCCAAUCCCGAGCCAGCGUUCUUAGCAGAAAAUCAAGAGAAAGCACCUGUUGCAGAAAAGAAAUUCGAGGAGGAGUUCUCUGUAAUUGGAACUCUAAGAAUGUUGAAUGAAUUGGAAGAGCAGCUUGGAUCUUUUGGUCCAGCAAUUGCAACACUUUUAGAAAAGGCCAUAGAUUCGAGCCAACAAGGUUCUAACCCCAUAGAACUCUUCAAGGAUCCAGACAACUUUGUUUUGGUGCGCUAUGCCAGAGAGAAGUUAGUUUCACAAAUCUCAGCAGGCAUUUUGAGCACAACAGCGUAUAUGCGUUCGCUGGUUGCUGUGGAGAGAGCUAUGUGGCUCCAGUCACAAGCUGAGAAAUUGAAUGACCAAGAAAAUUACCUUGGUUUGGAUAUACCUACUAUUGCAAGAGCAACACAGGGAAUGGAUAAAGUACAAAUUGCACAGUAUAUUGCGCAGUAUCUCUUACAAGUUGGUAAGUCUGAUGCUACAGAAGAAGAAUUGCAGAAUAUUUUAAUAGCAGUGUCAACCAACCAUGCUAAACUCUUGAGUGACCAGGCAGCCACCCAGAACCAAGUUAUAGAAAAUCAAUUUAAUGCUGUCAAAUCUCCAGUAGAAAUGCGGAUGCCACUGUCAGCAAAUGGAGGGAGUUCCAGUCAUUCAGCACCUAGACCACCAGCACUCUUUCCAUCUGGUGUGUCACAGCAAGAAAAAACAGAGCAUUUUAAUGCUUCUAACAAGAAGAAUGAAGAAAAUGGAGGUUUAGCAAUUCUGCAGUCAGCUUAUGAAGAUGAGGAUAAACCUAAAGACAUGGACAAGUUAUCUCUGGAAGACUUGCAGGCCCUUUUGGCAAAUUUCCGCUCCCUUAGUGGAGAUGAGCAACAGGCUCUCACUGCAUACCUCAAGAAGUUGGAAGCCACAGAUAGUAAAAAGGUGACAAUGCUCCGAGAGAAGAUGCAGAAAAGUAAUAAAAAUGCUGUUAAAUCUAUAUCAAAAGUGGUACCCAAAGCCCGUGAUGGAGCAGAAAGAGCUCCUUCCCAAAAUAGUGUAAAUAAACUUGAAGACAUUCCAAACAAGACUCCACCCGUCCAUCAUACCCGAUCCCUUACUCCAGGUCAGUCAUUUAAUCAACCUCAAACCUAUAGUAGUGAUCAGCCCUCAUCUGCAAAUCAAGGACAGCUCACAAAUAGUACCACUAUGAAUUGUGAACAUCCUAGCGAGACCUCUGAAAUGCGAGCAGCCAGCCUAGGGGAGGGCCAGUUGACAAUGUCUUCCAUUAAUAACAAAGGCAACAAUCCAAGAGGACCGGAUGUUAGACCACAUUAUGAGGAAGACCGAUUUAAGGCCUACCCAGGUCCACAAGAUACACACACAGGAGAUUUUGAUCAACGCGGGUUCUCCCAACAACAGAGACCGCCAGAGCCAUACCAGCAAGACUAUGGGAACCGUUUGCAUGAGGGUCAGUGGUGGAACCAAGGCCCGCAGAAUUAUAAUAAUCCUCAGGGUGCGCAGAACUAUGAUAAUCCUCAGGGUGCUCAGAAUUACGAUAGCCCCAGCAACCCGCAUCUUUACAGGAGUCCUAGUAACCCAGAACCCUACAGAAGCCCUGCCGGCCCACGUAACUUCUCUGGGCCAAGGAGUAACCAAGGGGGUCCUUAUAGAGACCAGAGUCAUUUCCAGCAAGGGAACGUGUAUAGAGGGGGCCCUCGGCAAUCGCAAUUCCAAGACCGAUGGUAGUAGUAUAUACACGGAAAACUCCAUUUUUUAAUUAUAUUUUGUUAUUUUUUAUAUUUGAUUUCUUAAUUUAGUACCAGACAGUCACAGGGAUGAGUUUGAAGGGAUGGUUGUAAAAAAACUACUGUCGCUUGAAUGAGGAUGUAAUUAGUUUGAAUAUGUGAUUAGAUGUUUUGUUUAUUUUUAUAUUGAAUUUCCCAGGCCAUUGUGUCAGUUGUAACUUGUUCCGAGCAUUGUAGAAUAGUGCUUGAUAUUUCUUUUAUUAAAAAUAUUGGUAUAGCAUGUUUCCCUCAUAAGUAAUAUGUAUAUAAUUAUUUUCAUCGGGGGGGGAAACAAGACACGAAUUGCUAUAUUGUUUAUUUCUGGUUUUGAAUACAAACUAUAUAUGUAUAUAUAUAUAAAAUGUACGUUAUGUACCAUCCAUUUGUCAAUAAAAUGUAUAAUAAUAA